AUGCCGGUUUAUUCAAUAUCUCAUGUAGAGAACGUUAGAGUAUGUGUGGUAAUGGUAGGAUUACCUGCCAGAGGUAAAUCUUUGAUUGCCCAAAAGAUCGUAAGGUACUUAUCAUGGUUAUCUAUUAAAUCCAAAUGUUUUAAUGUUGGUAGUUACAGAAGAAAGAUUGCUGGAGUUACAGGAGCUGAUGCUGAUGCUACAUUUUUCUCUCCUAAUAAUGAAGAAGGAUUGAAAUUCAGACAAGAAGCUGUUAAUCAAGCUAUCAAAGAUAUGAUGUCAUGGUUUUUAGAUGAAAAUGGAGUGGUUGGAAUUUUGGAUGCAACUAAUUCUACUAGAGAUAGAAGAUCAAAAAUCUUGAAAUUAUGUAGAGAGAAUUACAUUGAACCAUUAUUCUUAGAAAGUUGGUGUAAUGAUGAAGAUUUGAUCAAACAAAAUAUCUUAGAUGUCAAAACGACAUCACCUGAUUAUAUCAAUAAAGAUAGUGAAUUUGCAUUGAGUGAUUUUAUGAAACGGAUAAAGUUCUAUGAAACCAAUUAUCAAACCUUAAAUCAAGAUAUCGAUUCCAACUUAAGUUUUAUUAAGUUAGUUAAUGUUAAUACUCAAAUUAUCUUGAACAGAAUUGAAAGUUAUUUGGAAUCAAGAAUUGUUUAUUAUGUGAUGAACUUACAUAUUAAACCUCGAGCUAUUUAUUUAUCAAGACAUGGAGAAUCAUUAUACAAUUUAACCGGGAAAAUCGGAGGUGAUGCAGAUUUAAGUGAAAGAGGGUGGAAAUAUGCCAAAAAAUUACCUGAAUUAGUAUUGAAAUCUUUAGGUGAAGAAAAUAUCAAUACUGAUUUAACUGUUUGGACAUCUACAUUGAAUAGAACUCAACAAACUGCAUCAUUUUUACCUUAUAAGAAUAAAUUACAAUGGAAAGCUUUAGACGAAUUAGAUGCUGGAGAAUGUGAUGGAAUGACAUAUGAAGAAAUUGAAAAGCAAUUUCCUGAAGAUUUUAAAGCAAGAGAUGACAACAAAUAUGAGUAUAGGUAUCGUGGAGGUGAAUCUUAUAGAGAUAUAGUUAUAAGAUUAGAACCAAUCAUCAUGGAAUUAGAAAGACAAGAAAAUAUCUUAAUUAUCACUCAUCAAGCAGUAUUGAGAUGUAUUUAUGCUUAUUUCAUGAAUGUUCCUCAAGAAGAAAGUCCUUGGAUGUCAAUACCUUUACAUACAUUGAUCAAAUUAGAACCAAGAGCUUAUUCAACUAUUGUAUCACGAAUUAAAGCUGAUAUUCCUGCUGUGUCUACAUAUAAAGAAAAGGGGACUUCACAAUUAGGGGAGUUUGAUAACAUAACUUCUAAAAGUAGAGAUUUAUUGAAGGGUUCAAGUGACGGCAAAUAG